UUAAACUGGAUUGGAGUCACAGUUCCAGGAGCUGAGUCAGCAGAUGUGUCAGUAUCAGAUGUAUCUGAAAUGUAGCGACCCACUAAUUACACCACUCCGUAACCCUGCCACACCUGUAGGUAAAGUUUUAGAGUUAUACACGGUUGUUACAUGACUCUGUUCAGCAUGGGUGGGAAAAAGCCGGAUGGCUGCUCCAGGAGGCGCAAUAUCUGCGGCGCUUAGGCGGUCACAAGACUUGGACAUCGGUGAGCAAUAACAUCGGCACGCUGACAGGUCAGCUAGAAGCUCACAUGCCCACAGAUUCUUCACUUCUCUACACCCAACAUCCAACAAGUCGCUCUUUUCGGAAAAGUGGACUCUCGUGCGCUUCCGCGCCACUGUCUUUGUCGGCUUUUUUUUUUUCUUUCUUUUUUAAUGGAAGUUAUAGUGCACGGGGGACUUUUUCAGAUCUUCGCCCAUUAUUGCAUCUAUAAGAGGGUCGUUUUUAUUUGAAAGUAGCCUGUCCCGUUCAACUACAACUAGUGAUGUUUUUGGUGCGUAAAGGAGUGGCUCAUGCCUAAGUGAGCGAGUGCCACUGGAAGAAAUUACACCAAAGAUGUCAACAUUGCUUUACCACCCACUCAAAAUCGAUUGUAUUACCUUCAAGAAGGUGGCUCCUCGUAUAAAUAGGAACGCAUUAUUUCAAGAAAGACGGUGGUGAGCACAAUCUGUCGGCUUUCUCUCCUGUCGGAUCGGAAGAAUUUGCUGAAGACAACUGUGUCCACCCUCCAGGACAUAAGCAUCUUUAACUCCUAAACUAACAGUAAAGUCAUGCAGGUGGAAAGGAAAUGGCACAUACUGCUCACUAUCUUCUUUCUGCUCAUCACUUCGGGUCAGUGUAUGGACAGCAAGGAGGACAAGCAGAAAGAACGAAGGACCCUGUUGGAUCUAAUCUUACAGGUUAUCAGAGACAGCCAGCAACGGGAGAAACCCAUCUCCAGGCGCUGUAGCAGUGGACUCUUCACUUCAGCACAAGACAUGAAGUUCUCCUCCCGGGAAAAGCCUUUCUAUGUCCCUAGGCUGGAUAACAGUAGACUCUCAGAAAUCUUUUCCAGAGAUGCAAACAUGAAAGAGAAAAUCAUUGAGCAUUUUGGAGCAGGACCAGUCAAGUUCUCAUCGGAGUGCAAAACACACUUUCAUAGAGUUUAUCACAACACGAGGGAUUGCUCAACACCAGCGUAUUACAAAAGAUGUGCGAGAUUGCUAACACGAUUAGCGAUGAGUCCACUCUGCAUGCAGUCCUAGAUGUUGCAUGUCCCAGAAUAACAGAAGAAGGAUCAAUGUGGUGCCAAGGAAGUGCCUUCAAACCCACAGCAGUCAUGAGAACGUGGUUGUGUUUCUAGUGUUUCUACUUUCUGUUGUUCUCGCAGUCAUCGAUGGACGUUGUUGGUUGUUUUUGAAUGGAUGUACCUGUAUAUACCAUGUAUCUGUAAAGAAAUAUUAAUUUAAUAUUAAAUGCACCUAUUUAUUGAGAAGGAAUGUAUAUAAUAAUUUCACAGUCAUUCAAAAUUUGAUUCUUUUUUGGUUAUUACAGUUAUGGAUGAGGAAGAAGCUUCUUUUCUCAUCCAUAUAUAUGACUCCCACUAUUAUACUGAUAUUACGCUGUCAUUGUCUUCAUUACAUUUUAUUUGGCACUGGAGUGGUGGCUGACAAUGAGAAUAUAUGGAAUAAGAGCAAUGGUGAUAAUGCACUGCAGUACUGAACAAUAAAGAAUACUGAAGCACA